AUCAAAACAAUUAGAUAUAUUGUUUCAAUAUCUUUAAAUAAAUCACCUUGUACAAUUUUAAACCUCUGAGUAUGAUAGUUUUGAGAGCGAAAACAAAAUCAGAAAACAAGCAGUCAUGUUCAAAUUUUGAACAGCUACCAAAGACAGACAAGAUAAAAUUGUUACGCUAUCUUGUUUCUAUGUAAUAAAACAAGCAUCUACACAAAAAAUUUUACAUCUUUGCAUUAAUACACUGUAUAUAUGCCACCAUAUGUGACUGACUCGAACACUGAGUUGAGACGUACAUCUUUCAGGAUAAUUAUGUUUCUUACAGGUUAUUAAAAACAGCAAAUUAAAUACACUCACACUAUAUGACACCAUACUUACUGUACACAUAAAAACUCUACACAAUUGCAUUUUCCUACAUGAAAAAACUCUACGCAGAUAUAUUUUCUACACGAAUAUUUCCUACACUUAUUUUUUAUUAUUUUACUACACUGCAAAACUCUACACAAACGUAUAACCUAUUGUUGUAACAAUGAUAUAACAAUAGGUUAUGAUAUUGUGUAGAGUUUUGCAGUGUAGUAAAAUAAUAAAAAAUAAGUGUAGGAAAUAUUUGUGUAGAAAAUAUCUGCGUAGAGUUUUUCCGUGUAGGAAAAUGCAAUUGUGUAGAGUUUUUAUGUGUACAAUAAGUAUGGUGUCCACUAUAUCAGUUUUCAACUUAUUCUAACCUCUUUCCCAUCAUGCUUCCACAGUUAACCUUUUAAGUAGUUAUUUAAAUAUUAUUACUUAAGAAACGAUUCUAAUUUUUUUUUUGUAAUUACUCUUUUUACCUUUACAUAUCUUUGCCAUGUUUUGAACCAGAAUCGUUUAGUUUUUAUUAGUUCGCUUACUUUCUACCAGAGACGAUUUUUUUUAUUUAUCUACAUAAUUUUUUCUUUUAUUUUACAGCUAAAAUUGGAUUGAAGAAUAACGGUACUCUCUAUGUCCUACAAAAUACAAAAUUGUUUUCUGUCUUUGAAUAAAGCUAAUGACUAUAAUAUUAAUGAAGUGUGAUAUUUAACAUCCUAAGUAAUUAUAACUGAUUAUUGCAGUUUAGUGAAAUUUGUUAUUAUGACUGAUCAUAGUAUUACUGAACUUUGAUAAAAUUACUGUAAUAAUUGUCACAAUGUAACAAUAAAAUAAAUAAUUUCAAUUUUUCUCUCUCUUUUUUUUUACUGUAUAUAUAGACUGCCUUCCGUCUAUUUUUAUUUACAAAACAAUAUCCUUACAGUUAUAAUUAUUCCUUUAAAAAUAAUAUCUAUCCAUAUUUCCAACAUUUAUUUUUACUAAAAUCCUGCCUUAUCUAGCCAAAGCCAUAGCCAAAGCCAUUAGCCAAAGCCAUUAGCCAAAGCCAUUGCCAAAGCCAUUAGCCAAAGCCAUUAGCCAUAUGCAUCAGCAAAAGCCAUUAGCCAAAACCAUCAGCUAAAUUAAGCCAUUAUAGCCAAAACCAUCAGCCAAAGCCAACAGCCAUAUAAAUACCCCAUGGUCAUAUCAGUUGAAUAUUGCUAUAUUCAGCGAAAGCUGUCAGUCAUAAAUAUAGUUACAAAUAGUACAGCCACACUAUCGUGCAAACAAUUGUAGAUUAGAACCGAUUAAAACGAUUAUAAACUAUUAAAACGGAGCACUGUUGAGGAUUACAAUCGUUUAUUAAUCCAAUCAAUAAGAAAUUGUGAUUCGUUUUAAUCGUUUAUAAUCAUUUUAAUCUGUUUAAAUCUGCAACUGUUAUCAGGGUAGCCAAGUCUCUACGUAUCUAACCGAAGCCACCAAUCGGAGACAUCAACCAUAGAUAACCACAGCCACAAGCCUGUAUUACCUGCAAACAGCCGAAGUCAUAACCAUUAACUGUAUAACUAUAAAACAGCUUUUAUUAGCCAUAAUCAGAUAGCUAAUGUAUUUAAAUUAAAAUAAAUUUUACAUUAUUUCAAACAACCAAAGAUUAAUUAAACCAAAUUUAUAUUAAAUAUAUUUUUAUAUGAUACUUGUACGUCUGCUCUAAGCGACAAGGCAUUAAUUAGUCCGCUAAGUGUUUAUGUAGACUAUUUUGUUAGAAUAUUAUAAAAUGGAUAAUAAUAUUACACAAAAUUUCUCAGAAUGUGCACGAAAACGUGUUACAUCAGGUGAUUUGCUGGAAGAUUCUGACAUUGAUUUUUUUCUAUUAUUACUAACAAAAUGUUCAAAAUAUAAGCCCUUUUCAACUUUACUUUUAUACCUAGGUCUUAUUUCAGAAAUUCCGAGAAAUCAAAAGCAUAUACAAAUUAUAUAUUUAUCCUCAGUAUGCAAUAAUCCAAACGAUACUGGACAUUGGGUAACUUCUUAUUAUGACACUGAUUAUAUUUAUGUUUUUGAUUCUAUAAAUAAUAAAGUAAUGCACAAAGAUUUAGAAAAAUCAUUAAAAUUGCUACAUCCUUAUUAUUUUCUGGAAGGUAAGAGAGUUAUUUUCCCAAAGGUUCAACAACAAACGAAUCAAAAAGAUUGUGGAAUUUUCGCCAUAGCUUUCGCAAUAACUUUAUUAUGCAAAAUGAAACCAGAUCUUCUUACGUAUAAUACUCAUAUCAUGCGUCCACAUUUACUGAAAUUACUUGUUAGUAAGUACAUCGCACAUUUCCCUUGUAUUAUUACACCUAUCCCUAUAAAUGUUCAGCCUAGAAAAUUAUAUGAUACAAAUAUUAUCAUUAAUAAUGCUUGUCUCAAUGAUGAACACAUAGAUUAUUUUCAUACAAUGUUACAACAACUUUCUGCGUACCAACCCUACUCAACGUUGUAUUUACAGAAUAUUUCAAAAAUUUCGCAUAUAAAUGAAAAUAAUAAACACAUACAAAUAUUAUUUCAACGUGGCUCCACAAUAGGUCAUUUUGUAUGUACAUAUUACGAUACUAGUACUUUAUUUGUGUAUGAUUCAAUGAAUAAUAAAGAACUUCAUAGUGAUAUUAGUAUAGUUUUAAAGACGUUACAUCCUUAUUGUUUUAAUGAACAAAAGAAACCGAUUAUAUUUCAAACAGUUCAGUCCCAAAAAAAUGCUACAGAUUGUGGUGUUUAUUCUAUAGCCUAUGCUGUGACCCUUUUAUUUGGUUAUAGACCCGAGACAAUGGUAUAUAAUAACAGUGAAAUGCGUAAACAUUUGUUAAAAAUAUUUGAAACUAGAACAAUUGAACAUUUUCCAUGUCUUAGUACUUUUUCCAACUAUUGUUCACAAUUUAACUUUAGUUCCAUAACUGAAACAAGAGCUACAAUUUCCGGUUUAGGUAACAAUGUUAUGCAUAAUAGAAAACGUACAAACGAUCAAAUAACGGACGAAACUUCAUUACAAAACCAUAGGGAAACAAAUCUACAUAGUCUCGCAAUCAAGAAAAAAAAACAUACUAUCAAAAAAAUAAAGAUAAAAUUUUACAAGCUCGAAGAGACAAACGUCGAAUGAAAAAAUGUAAAACUGGAACUGCACAUAGCAAUCAAAGUGUAAUUGAUGAAACUCAGAAAUGUUUAGUUGAUCAGUUAUCGCCUCC